AUGAGAGCGCGGAAAGCGCCGACUGCUUCGCUCAUUUCAUUUCUUAUUCCCGACACCCAAAAUUUCCCCUUCCCACGGAGCCCUGCCCGAUCCCCGGGGACUCAAAGUGGCGCCGGGAGCGGCACCGGCACCGGGACCGGGAGUGACCCCGGGACUGACACCGGGAUCAACCCCGGGAGCGGCACCAGGACCGGGAGCGGCACCGGGACCGACCCCGGCACCGAGAGCAGCACCGACAUCGGGAAUGACACCGGGAUCAACCCUGGGAGCGGCACCGGGACCGGGACUGACACCGGCACUGGGAGCGACCCCGGUACCGGGGCUGACACCCGGACUGACACCGGGAUCAACCCCGGGAGCGGCACCAGGACCGGGAGCGGCACUGGGACCGACCCCGGCACCGGGAGCGACCCCCGGACUGACACCGGGAUCGACCCCGGCACCGGGAGCGACCCCCGGACUGACACCGGGACCGACCCCGGCACCGGGAGCGACCCCCGGACUGACACCGGGAUCGACCCCGGCACCGGGAGCAGCACCGACAUCAGGACUGACACCGGGAUCAACCCUGGGAGCGGCACCAGGACCGGGAGCGGCACCGGGACCGACCCCGGGACUGACACCGGGAUCAACCCCGGCACCGGGAGCGACCCCGGGACUGACACCGGGACCGACCCCAGCACCGGGACCGACCCCGGGACUGACACCGGGAUCAACCCCAGCACCGGGAGCAGCACCGACAUCAGGAAUGACACCGGGACCGACCCCAGCACCGGGAGCGACCCCGGGACUGACACCGGGACCGACCCCGGGAGCGGCACCAGGACCGGGAGCAGUACCGGGACCGACCCCGGGACUGACACCGGGAUCGACGCUGGGAGCGGUGCCGGGACUGAUACCAGGACCAGGAGCAGCACCGACACUGGGACCGGGACCAGGAGCAGCACCGGGACCGGCACCGGGACCGGGAGCUACACCGGGAGUGACACCGGGAGCGACACUGGCACCGACACCGAUCCCGGGACUGACGCCAGGAGCGGCGCCGGGACCGACACCAGCACCAACACCGGGACCGGCACCGACACCAGGACUGACACCGGGAGCAGCGCCGGGACCGACGCCGGGAGCUACACCGGGACCGGCACCGACACCGACACCGGGACCGACACUGGCACCGGCGCCGGCUCCGGGGCCGGGACCGACACCGGCACCGGGAGCGGCACCGACACCGGCACCGGCUCUGGGACCGGGACCGGCGCCAGGAGCGGCACCGACACCGGCACCGGCUCUGGGACCGGGACCGGCGCCAGGAGCGGCACCGGGAGCGGCACCGACACUGGCACCGGCUCUGGGACCGGGACUGGUGCCGGGAGCGGCACCGGGAGAGGCACCGACACUGGCACCGGCUCUGGGACCGGGACCGGCGCCGGGAGCGGCACCGGGAGCGGCACCGGGCGGACCCGCAGCGCCCCCUCCUCCCCUCGGGACACGAACGGGAAGAAGCUUCCCGCGGGAUCCCCCAGGGCGAUCCCGGCCAGCGGCUCCCUCCGCUCCGCGUCGUAG